AUGGACCUUGUGUCCCCGUCUUUGCAUGGCUGUGUCCUGUCUGAGGAUGUGUCUGUGUGCUUCUCCCUGGAAGAAUGGAGGCUCCUUGCUGAGGCCCAGAGGCUCCUGUAUGGGAAUGUGAUGCUGGAGACCUUGGCGCUUUUAGCUUCCCUGGGAAUCAUACCCACCAGAUCACACUUCAUCAUGUAGCUGGAGCAGAGGGAGGAGCCCUGGGUGCCUGCCCAGGUGGAGAUGACUCCAGCCACAGAGAAAGAGCCUCAUAUGGGACGUGAUGAGUGGACACAGAGAGGAGCAGGAUACCAUUGCCAUGCAGUGGAGGCUGAGGCUGCUUCCUCUGAGCAGACUGUUUCUUUAGAAGGAAUGUCACCAUUUAGGACUCCUGUGGCAGCGAAGACCCAGCCAUAUGACAUGUCUGGCCCAGCAUUAAAAGACAUCUUUCAUCCUACUGAACAACCAGGAGGGAAAGCCAGGCAGAAGCCACACAAGUGUGAGGCCUAUGGGAGACAGUUCUGGUUCAGUGCAGACCUCCAUCAGCACCAGAAACAGCACAGUGGAGAGAAAUUCUUCAGGAAGGAUGAGACCAAGGACUCGAAAAGCUACAGAAUCUGUGUGAUGGAGAAGAUCUAUGAACAUGGUGAAGACAGAAUGCACAUGCCAGCCCCCUCUGACCUAAAGCACUGGGUCUCUCAUGACAGAAUGAAGCCCCACAUGAGCACUGGGUGUGGGGGAGCCCUUAGCACUGAACAGAAGAUUAACAAACGCAGUGAAUGUGGGAAAUCAUUUACCUGGAAAGACACGCUUGCUCAACACCAGAGAAUCUACACUGGAGAGAGACCUCAUGAGUGCAGCAUAUGUGGGAAAUUCUUCAGCCAAAGCUGUGACCUUUUGAAACAUCAGACCAUACACACCAGUGAAAGACCUUACAAGUGCAAUUAAUGCAGGGAAAUUUUCAGACAGGUCUCUGGCUUGCUUGAACACAGGUGAGUUCACACAGGAGAAAGGCUCUUUCAGUGCAGUAACUGCAGAAAAUUUAGCAGCAAGUCGAACCUCAUUCAGCACCAGGAGGUUCACACAGGAGCAAGGCCAUACACGUGCAGUGAAUGUGGGAAAGUGUUCAACUGCAAAUACACACUGAUUCUGCACCAGAGAACUCACACUGGAGAAGAGCCCUAUGAGUGCAGCGAAUGUGGGAAGACCUUCAGCCAGAGCUCCCACCUUCAUGUACACUGGCGAGUUCACAGUGACUACAAGUGCAGGAAAUGUGGGAAAGCCUUCAGCUGCAUCUCCAAACUCAUUCAGCACCAGAAGGUCCAUUCUGGAGACAAGCUGUAUGAGUGUAGCAGGUGUGGGAAGGCCUUUGCUCAAAGGCCAAACCUCACUCAGCACUGGAAGCUUCACAUGGGAGCAAGGGCUGCUGGAAGAGUUCAACUGCAAAUGCAUGCUUGUUCUCCACCAGAGGACUCAUACUGGAGAAGAAGCGUGAGAGUGCAGGGAACGUGGGCGAUCUCUUAG